CUUCAUCGUUGGCUUUGGCUUCGUCCGCCCCUCUCCUCUGUCCUUCGUCGGCCUGCUGUCCUCCUGCCGGACCCGCUCUGCCUUCACCCCACCUCAUCUCCCCCCGUCUCGGGUCACCCGCUUACCGCCACCAUGGAGAUCGUAGGCUUCGCAGGCCUCCUUCACAUUGCCCCCUUGCUUCUCCGUCCGGCUAUUCUCAUUGCCCAGGAGCUCUAUGCCGCCAUCCAGGCUGUCAAGCAGAACGAAGCCGCCUGGGGGGAGCUCUCCCGAGAGUCCAAAGACGCCUUGGAGAUGCUCGCUGGUUGCAAUGAGAACCAUCCUGCCUUUGCCCGUCAGGUACAGCGCCUCAAUGAUUUUCAUCGUCAAAUCUUGAACUACUUUAACCAGCACAUCAAACUACGCUCCCGGCUCGAGUUGUUCAUCUACGGCUCCCAGAUCCGUCAACGGAUCCAAAGUUUCCACCGCGAGUUUGGCAAUCUCCAGCGGUCCAUCAUGAUGGCCCUCACCAUCGGCAUCGCCAACAGAGUCCAGCACGACCGCACCAUCACCCAGGCCAUCAGCAGCGACGAAGCCAGGGAUGCCGAUCAGCUGCGCCGCUUCAAGGAUCAGUUCCAGCAGAACGCCAACGCCGCCCUUGCUGAUAUGGGCGUCCAGCUCGGCAAUAUGCAGGAGUGGCAAAUCCGAAGACUGACGGACGCCAUCCAAACCGCCACUGCCACGGUGCCUGACGCUGCCACUGCCGGGGAUGCGCAGCGACAAAUCGUCGACUCGAUCAACCAGGUCCUUCGGCUGAUCCAAAGCCAGUCUGCCGCAUCCCAGUCCAUGGAUUUGGAGCCCUGGCGUAUCUCUGCUCUCUCCAUCACCGAUGUUUCCGCCGAGCCGAUUCUCGUGAGUGGCUAUGCCACGACCUUCUCUGCCAAGUACCACGGCACCGCCGUCGCCAUGAAGCAGCUCUUUGGAACGUAUUCCGAGAGCGAUGUCAAGGAGUUCCGCCGCGAGAUCCGCGUCUGGAAGGACCUGAACCACCCCCACAUCCUCAACUUGCUCGGCGCCUGCGAUACCGAAGAAAAGCUCUUUAUGAUCUCGCCGCUGCUGUCGCGCGGCACCCUGGAAACAUACAUUUCCGACAGCGACUAUAGCAUCAACAUGCCCUUGCAGAUCCGCUGGAUCUACCAGGUUGCCUGCGGCAUGAGCUAUCUCCAUGCCAAUGGCACCGUCCACAGCGAUCUGCGCACCGCAAAUGUCUCGCUCGACGACUCUCUCAACGCCAUUAUCACCGGCUUUGGCAUGUCAAAGACUCGGAAUGUCUCCAUGACCUUCCGUCGUCGACGACACGACACCCGUCGCGAACGCCCAUUCCAUAUGGCCCCCGAGCUUCUGGGUGUCGGCGUAGAGACCCCUACGGGCGUCAGCGAGGCGAGUGACGUCUAUGCCUACGCCAUCCUCUGCUAUGAGGUCAUGAACAAAGGAUACAGCUGGAUCGACGAUGCCGGAAACCAUAUGAAGGCAGCGGUGCAGCAGCAAACCCUUCUCCGAUCUGAGCGGCCCAAGAAGAUCCGUGGUCUGAAUGAGGAUGUGUGGCAGCUCAUCCAAGACUGCUGGGGCAAUGACCGCAACGAGCGACCGAUCUUUGACGAGAUUUUGCUUCGCUUGAGCUACUUCACUGAGCUUCAAAAAGAUGAGCCAUCUCGCCCCAACACCCCCAACCGUUUGAUCACCGACCGUGAGCUUCAAUUCAUCCAAGAGGCAGUCCAAGUCCCCGGUGGCAUGGUUCCCAGGAUUCGACAGGGCGAUCCCGAUGCUUGCGUUGCCGUUACCCAGCUCCUCAUCGACGCUCAGCUCGAUGGCGACGAUCCCGCUUGGAAACCCGCCUUCAAGCUGUGUAGCGCCGCGAGUGAUAGCAAGUGCCUCCGUGCUUCGUUCCAGCUCGCCUGGCUCUACUUCCUCGGUCUCGGCGUGAAACAAGACUACAAAAGCUCCUUCUCCCACUGGACCAGCGUCCGCGAGUCAGCAACCGACGGGCUAAAAGCCAUAUCCACCCAGAUGCUCGGCUGGUCGCAUUACCUCGGACGCGGCAUCGAUUUUAACCAGAACAAGGCCAUCGACCUUAUGAAGAAGAGUUACAUCACCGAGUUCCCGUUCAAGGACGCUGGCUGCUUUGGAGCGCUGGCGCAGGUCAACUCGGCAGACGCUGCCCUCUUCUACAAGCUCUGUAACCUCGGUGUGGUGUCCGACUGGCUGUGCCAGCACCUGGCGGCCGUCUGCCUCUUCAGCGGCUUUGGCGUGGCUCGCCAGCAGGCUCCAGCGCUGAGGACCAUCGAAAAGCUCGCGAACGAGCAAUCCCGUGAUCUCUGCCAACUCUGGCUCGGCCUCUGGCACAUCAGCGAGACCAAUACCAAUGCCAACCCUGCAACCAGCCUGACCUUCACCCAGGCCGCUGUCGACCAAGGCAAUCCGUGGGCUCAGAACUUCCUCGGCGAGUGCUACGAGCACGGCAGAGGUGUCCAGCGUAACGUCACCAAGGCCAUCAAGUGUUAUUCCGAUGCCGCUGCCCAAAGCAACGUUCCCGCUCUGAUGAACAUGGGCCGAUGUCACUUUGAUGGCGUUGGUGUCGAACGCGAUGGCCAAAUGGCAGCCUUCUGGUUCGACAGAGCCGUGGAACAAGGAUGCGAAGAAGCCAGGGCUAAGCAACAACAGGCGGUUAGUUGCGGCUGGUAACGCUUCUGCUCGAUCCUACUCCUUUGAUUCAUCUUACUGCCGACGUGUUUUUGCAUAUCCGUCUGCCUGGGGGAGAGAUACUCCGGCAUUAUCCCGCUCCCUGUCUUUGAGGUCGACGGGCCACCUUUUUCUUCUGGAUUUUGAAUAUACUUGUCUGCAGCUCGCCAAAACUGAAACGCG